CUCGCGUGAAUUUUCCCAAUCUUGCACAAUCUUUGAACGCGCAAUACAACAACGGAGGACAAAAUGGUGUCUAACAUGGCCAUGGGUUUUGUGGUUUGUUUGUUUGCAGUGAUGGUUGUGUUUCCGGGUGUAGAGGCUUUCUGCUUCCUCUCAGGUCCAACAGGACCAGGUUCGAGCUGCGAAUACGAGGGUCACGUUUUCGCUUCUGGUUCCUCAUACAAGGCGCCGGCCCCUCACUGCGUGGAAUGCUCUUGUGAGGAUGGGGGGAUGUCAUGUUGCGGGUAUGGCAAAAAUGCAGGCCCGGUGAACAUCGACGGCUGCAAGCAAGUGAACCGCCCCAACAGCUGCGAACUGUUCUUCGUAGACGCCCGGCGUCCCAACAGGCCGUGUCGGGGCUUCAGGCGAUAAACAUAAACA